UCAUGGGAUCUGCUGUGUCCAAUCACAGCUGAUCACUGAUGAUCAGUGUGCCCUGAUGAGCAGUGUAGCCCCAGCAGUGCCACCUGUCAGUGUCCAUCAGUGCCUUGUGUCAGUGCUCAUCAGUGCCUCGUGCCAGUGCCCAUCAGUGCCACAUGUCGGCGCCUACCAGUGCACAUCAAUGCCACAUAUCAGUGCCUAUCUGAGCUGCCUUUCAGUGUCACCCAUCAGUGUUAGUCAUUGCCGCCUAACA